CGACCUCCUUUGAGGAGGCGUUAAUUUAACUUUAAACCCUGAUCUCACUGAGAGCAGGGGAGAGAGGGGAUGUCUCCAAAAUGCAGGAGCUGUUGCCAUAGCAUUUUCCUUCUCUCUUCCUGCCUACUCCUCCUCCCCCAAAGCAGCAACAAAUGGUGCUCUACCGCUUUCUUUCAGGAACCGGAUGCAUUUUCAGAAGCCAGGACUCCAGUGGUGUGAUGUCUUCACCACCUAGUCACCGGUAGGGAUACUGAAGAAGUCUGAGGUGCUAGUAAGUUUCUCAGGACAGAAUCAUCUUUGCGGAUGCAACUGCAGCACAGGAAACUGGGAGAAUCUGAGCCCUCCCAAUUCUCACUGGACCUCUGCAUGAGCCCAGCCACCGUCACUUCUGCAACACAGCCGAAUUCUUUCAGCACUAGCAGACGAGUCCGGCUCCCUCGCCGCGCGUUCCUCCCCUCCGCAGUGAACGGACUCGCAUCAGCCCGCUCGGGUGCCGUCCACGCCGCGGCCGCCCGCGCACCGAGCUCUCGCCCGCCUCCUGCCCCCUCUCGCGGCCCCCGCCCGUCGCUCGCCCGGCUCACUCCAGCCGUCACUUGGAGGGAUUCCCUCUCGGGCGGCCUCUGCAGCAGCACCCGCUGGCCUUAUUCGCGGCUCCGGGAGCAUGGAUCUCCGCAGAAGAGCCCUUCUCGGCGUGGAUGGACUUCGAGUUCUCCUGAUGCUGUUCCAUACAGUGACUCGAAUCAUGGCAGAACAAGAAGUGGAAAAUCUCUCAGGCCUUUCCACUAACCCUGAAAAAGAUAUAUUUGUGGUGCGGGAAAAUGGGACGACGUGUCUCAUGGCAGAGUUUGCAGCCAAAUUUAUUGUCCCUUAUGAUGUGUGGGCCAGCAAUUACGUGGAUCUGAUCACGGAGCAAGCAGAUAUCUCAUUGACCCGGGGAGCCGAGGUGAAGGGCCACUGUGGCCACGACGAGUCGGAGCUGCAGGUGUUCUGGGUGGAUCGCGCGUACGCACUCAAAAUGCUGUUUCUAAAGGAAAGUCACAACACGUCCCAGGGACCCGAGGCAACGUGGAAGCUGAGCAAAGUCCAGUUUGUCUACGACUCCUCAGAGAAGACCCACUUUAAAGACGCAGUCAGUGCCGGGAAGUCCUAUGAAUGUCAAGCUCAGCAGACCAUCUCACUAGCCUCCAGCGACCCACAGAAGACAGUCACCAUGGUCCUGUCCGCGGUCCACAUCCAGCCCUUUGACAUCAUCUCUGACUUUGUCUUCAGUGAAGAGCAUAAAUGCCCAGUGGAUGAGCGGGAGCAGCUGGAGGAGACCUUGCCGCUGAUUUUGGGGCUCAUCCUGGGCCUCGUCAUUGUGGUCACGCUGGUCAUUUACCACAUCCAUCACAAGAUGACUGCCAACCAGGUCCAGAUCCCUAGGGACCGGUCCCAAUAUAAGCACAUGGGCUAGAGGCCGCUGGGCAGAGAGCCCCCAGCCGCCGCACCCCCGGCCCUGGCUGGAUCAGGCAGAGAAACAACAGCACUUCACACCUGCACAUGGGAUAUACCAACAUAGCUCCAGUCAAACAGACUUGGGUACGCAAGGCUUGCUUGGCCUGCAUCCAUGCUUAAACAGGGAUGGGGGGAUUCGUUUGGAUUCAUGGGGUGAAUGACAUAGCCUUUCUCGGCUGAGAGGUAGGAGGGGUGGGGUCAGCCAGCUGUCAUGCUCGUGGUGGCUUGGCCUUGACGCUCCAAGGAGCAAUGCAUACAACUCGGAGGAAUAUCUGACUCUGAAGUGUAAGGACUGGAACCACAGUUCUUUUGGAAAGACACCCCUUAAGGUUCGAGAGGAACAUUGGAUGCUCUGCUCCCUUGAGCACAGAUGGCUUAUCCUAUACUAUCGUCAGUGCACACAAAAUACAGCCUCAUGCUCCCUGCAGCAAGACCCCUGAACGUGAUCCAUGCUUCUGGCUGGCAUUCUGCAUGUCUUGUGAUUGUCUCGGGAAUGUUUCACUGCUCCCUGCACCCAGCGAAUUCACAGCACAAGAACUUGUUUAACGUAACUAUGCAGAGUUGUUUGGACUUUAUGUCAGGUCCAGGUAUGGGGACCUGAAGAAUCAAUCCAUGUGAGCUUGUCUCUCAAAAUGAAUUAAAACACACUACUGUCUAG